CCCCAAGCCGCCUGCCAACUGGACCAGUUGGGCACACGCACCGCAUACCAUUCAAGUAUUUCCAAAUCAACUGACAUCAUGGCCAACACUUACUUCAUUCACGUCGUUUCCAAAUCAGACAAUGCUAAGCAUGCCUCCUAUCCAUUCACCUUUGAUCCCACAACCUCGCCGCUAGCCCCAUCGUCGGUCCGAGUGCAGACGAAGCUCAUCUCGCUCACCUCCAACAACCUGUCGUAUGCUCGAGGUGGCGACCAAUUACAUUGGUGGGACGCAUAUCCUGUGCCGCAAUCCAGUCCUGCACCGUACAACAAUCAACAAGAAUGGGGCAUUGUUCCAGCAUGGGGCUAUGGCCGCGUGUUAGAAAGCACUGUAGACGGCAUUGUCCCGGACUCCCUGCUCUGGGGUAUGUGGCCAACGUCUGCUCAUCCCGUUGAUUUGCAACUGAAGCCGCAGCCCGAGGCUCCGGGAAAUUGGAUCGAGACCAGCGCACAUCGUGCUUCUCUCAUGACAAUCUACAGCAAUUACGAGCAGGUCGCAGCUCCACUCGACAUACAAACAAUGCAGCUUCGAACACUGUGCAAGCCGCAGCACGCCGCGCCACAUCUAUUGAACAAAAUUACUUUCUCGGCGACUCAUAAAGUGCACCCACUAGGAUUUGGGGGCCCAUGGUCUGAAGCUGAAGCGUCCUUGACAAAUGCCGUCGUCGUUAGUCUCUCUGCAUCCAGCAAGACAGGCCGCUGCUUCCAUUGGGAGCUGGCGAGAAACCGGGCCGUGGAGCACGAUGGGCCUCUAGCACUCUUGCAAGUGACCUCCGUCCCAGACACUUUGUCUAAAUUUUCUAGUGCUCUUCCCAUUUCUAAUGUCUCGUAUGGCGACCUGGAUGAUGGUCUUAAUCGGGUUGUGGAGUGCAAGCCUUCUCGAGCCGUCGUGGUAGAUUUUGGAGCUCCAGACGCCGUCUUACAAUCCACUGUGGAAUCGUUGAAGGAGGGCAGCAUUACCGUACAGAUUCUUGCUGUCGGUUCAGAAGCGAAGAUCUAUACUCCAGAGGAGCUCAAGCUUAGACUGGAAAGAUCUGUUUCGAAAGUGCAAGUCAACGCCAGCGGGCUGCGCGAUCAGGCCAUAGCCGCCAAAGGAUUCGUCGAGUCUAACCGUGACCUGGACGAGGCUCGCGAGCGAUGCCUAGCGGAUGGAACAUUUCGCUAUAUGGCUAUAAAAUCCGUUCAAGGAGUCCAGGGCCAAUCCGGAUUAGAAGGAGUUUGGAGUGACCUCUGUAACCGUAAAGUUGACCCAAGCACAGGUAUUGUUGUUAGCCUGUCAGAUAAUUAGGUGUCACUUGCUACCCGAGAGUGCAUCAGCCACCAAUCGAGUUGUUAUUAAUUGCCGCAAAUAGCAAUAAUGGAAUAAAUAUUUUGAUUUAAGAA